AUGGAGAAUUAUUUCAUCCACCUUUGUGUCGCUGCAAUUCUUGUAGUUAGCUUGCCUAUACAAACGAAAACCUUAACUGCUGAUGAAAAGUCAAAUAUUGAGAAAGGAAUUGAGGCUGGGAAAACCAUUGCGGAGGCCUUGAAAGAUUCAGAUUUUAGAAAGUCUUUGGUGAAUCUUGGGAAAAAUCUUGCCCCAUUUCUUGGAGUCCUGGGCCCGUUAGCUGGUAUAGCUUUAUCAUUUAUCCCGGGGGGAGAGUCGGCGGAAUUGGCGUUUAUGAAAGAGCAAUUCAAGGAAGUCAACGCAAAGUUGGAUAUCAUCACAGCUGAAUUCAAAGAAGUAAAGAACGCAGUUGUUUGGAGUAGUGUUCUCGCCAGGUUUGGACCGUACGAGGCCAAAAUCAGAGCAGCAUCAAGAAACCUCGAUGAAAUGUACCGUGCUGAGGAGUUAAUAACUCGAAAGGCCCUGCGAAAUGAAUUUAUCAGAAAAUACCAGUAUCACUUCGACGAUAGCCUGGACAAUUUAUAUGACGCCGUGAUGUUAAACAAGAAUAUUCUUUCUCCAGACCUCUUGCAGUCGAUCACAGAGAAGACAAAGAACCACAAGAGAAAAUUUGAAAGCUUUUGUAUGGGACUCACGCAAAUUCUUAUAGAAGGUAUCAAGGUAAAGAUUUCCUAUUUUGCCAUGCAGCACAACACCACUCAUUAUCUUAGCAAAAAAUGGGCGAAAAAGAUGAACGCAUGGAAAGACAAAAUCCAAAGUGAGAGCAGCAAGUUGAAAAAUGAAUAUUGGAAGCAGUUAGUAACAGAUGUAGAAGACAUGUUUCUGCGUUAUCGGAAAGUUGGCAACAAAAAACUUAACAAUAUAUUGUAUGAUUUUGUCACGGAUAAAUAUGAUUGGUUUUAUUGGUUCGUUGCUGUUUAUAACGACAUAAAGGGCUACCAGGUUCAUACAAUAAUACCGGGCAAAUUCGCGUUUUUGCAUAGGCACGGAAAAUGUUUUAUUCUCGCGAAUGUGGCGAAGGACAAUAUUCAGGCUAAGACAUAUGAUUUGUACUCUAAGGCACUUCCAUCCGCGCAAAAAGGAAGCAAUGUAUAUAAGAUAUUGAAGGAUUACGUUGAAGAACCCAAAUUGUUGCUUGACCACCUGGUGAAGUCUCAAUUUAAGUCUAUUUUUUUUGAUUUAAAAGAAAUAGACGACAUCCGCGAAGACGCUAAACGAAUUGCCUUCUCGUUAAGAAAAAUGUCCGGAUCUAGGUUCUCGCUUUACUUCGUUGUUAAAGACAGCAAGGGUUUGUCAGUUAGAUAUUCCCCAGGACACUCGUCCAACGCCUCGUAUAUAGACAAACGAAGCAUGAUGCGAGGAAAUCUAUAUAUUUUUAAGUUAUUUAUCUUUUACUGA